AUGGGCAUAAGACCUGGUGAUGGACAUCCCUCUCAACGCCCCGUCACCCCCGAGCCUCAGCCCCACAGCAAGCACUCAUUCAGAUUGGGGAUGUGGCAGCGCCUCCAUGGCCUUUUCUCCAAGGACGACCAUCAUGACGGCGACCCAGUACCAAGCCCCGGCCAGGUCUCCUGGCCCGACCAUCCCCCGCCGCCGAGCAAGAAGGAUUGGUCCGCUGUUCCUGUAGGUGUAGGGCUUCCCAGGCAGGCCACCUUCAGACGCCAAAACUCAGAAAAGAGAGACCGCUUGACCCCAGUUCUCCCUAGUGCCAGCGAACGUCGCGCUGUCUCUAGUGCCCGAGCACCAGGGUCCAGCAGCGUUGCACGCCGUCCCCGCGCCAGCUCAACACCUCCGCUCUAUCACCUUGAACGAACUUCCGCUCCCGCAGUUCCCACCUCUUACCGCGACAAUGGGGACAUCGAUCAGCCCAAGCAGCUCUCAGCCAGUCCUGUACCAAAUGUUCAGCCUGAGUUCUAUCCUCAUCACGUGGCCGAUGACGGGACCAGACCUCCUAGACCUUACUCCGUUACAUCUUCAGCCAUGUCCCAUCAUCAGGACUUGGCAGAGCCUGAGGCGGAUGAAAAGGCUCAGAUCAAAGCAGAGCUUGAUACGCGGUGGAUUCUCAACCUCAGCAUGCAUUUUCGAGACAAGUCUGACCGUGAGAAAUUUUUCGUUACUUACGCUGAAACACCCAACAAAUGGCGCAGGGUUACCGUUUCAUGCGAUUAUCGGAACGCCGAGCCCGGCUCCUUGGAAAUGGACCUGAAAGAACUCCAAUUUCAACGUGAUAAAAGCCUGCAGAUCUACGAAUCGAUACGCGAUUCUCUGCUCGAGAUUCAGUUCUAUGAUACCGUCACUAACCUGAAACUUGAGACCAGCGAUGGACGACUCCAUGUUCACGUUACGGAAGAUGUCAAUGAGUGCAUACAAUAUCCACCUCGAAGCACGGUUGCUCAUAUCCUUUAUCACGACGAAUAUCGACCUCAGGAAGUCCGAGAAUCUGAACUCGACUUCGACUCACAUCUCUCAGGCUUUGUUUACAAGGUAGUUCACGAAGGACGGACUUAUAUCAAGAAGGAGAUACCUGGCCCCGACACCGUUGACGAGUUCUUGUACGAGAUCAAUGCCCUACACGCCCUUCAUGAGUCCGCCAAUGUCAUCAGGCUUGAAGCUAUCGUUGUCGAUGACACACAUCAACUGGUCAAGGGCCUACUGAUCAGCUAUGCCGAACAAGGAGCAAUAGUUGAUCUGCUGUAUGACUACAAAGGAAAGAUAACGUGGGAAGAUCGCCUUCGCUGGGCACGGGAUUCGGUUGUCGGGCUGAGCGAGAUUCAUGAAGAAGGAUACGUGCAAGGCGACUUCACCUUAUCGAACAUUGUGGUCGAUCGCGAGGGAAAUGCAAAAAUCAUCGACAUCAACAGACGAGGCUGUCCAGUAGGUUGGGAGCCUCCAGAGAUCGCGGCAAAGAUUGAAAGCCACCAGAGAAUAUCAAUGUACAUUGGGGAGAAGUCGGAUUUGUAUCAGCUUGGCAUGACACUUUGGGGGUUAGCUGCCGACGACGACGAACCGGAGAGACAUGAUCCGCCGCUGUCUGUCCACGCUCUGCCACCCGAAGUCCCCGACUGGUACAAGGAUAUUAUCCGCAUCUGCCUCGAUCCGAAGCCUCGAAACCGGCGCUCUGCGAAGGAACUUGCCGCAUUGUUUCCAGCACCUGAAACUUCGAACACAAAAAUGUUGUCCGAAUCACCGCAUACAGUCGAUUAUCGAGAACAGAAGCGUUACAUCAACCCUAAAGACGCUGUAGAACGGGAUGAUAUCGAGAGAUUCAGCUGGAAGGAACAACUUCCCUACUCGCCAGAGAGCUCACGUUAUGACGACACUUUCACGUAUCCACGCUCAUCCAACUACGAUCGAGGAAGCGACAUCUCGGAAUUCGAGCGACCUCGAGGGAGGCCGCCGCCCAGGAAUCUAGAGCAUCUUAGUCCACGCGAGAGACACGGAUGGUUGCAUGAGCAAGCUGCUACGUCUCAGGCAGAUGAAAGUGAGCCUCAGAUUUUGGCUGUCUCGCCGAGGAUAGGGCCGCAGUACGACGAACUCGAUAUUGAUGGGAGGCCGUUCCUCAUCGCAAGGGGUACCUUCGACGAUGACGAAUUGGAAAUGUUAGAUGGUCGACCGCGUGGUCGGUCACGCAAUCAAUCUUCCAUCAAUGUGGGCACUGAGCUUGAUCCUCCGAGCUCGGCACCGUUCACACGACCUGCAAAUAUAUCGCACAAUUCAACGACAUCAGGGAGUACGCCUCGACACAGUCAAGCCGUAUUGCCGACCGUCUCAGGUAGCCGGCGCAGCAGCCUGCACGCCGCACCUUCUGAGUUGACAUCGGUUGGCUCGCACCCUGACAUCGCCACAGAGCCUCAUGCCGGGCCUACACUUCAACCUUUAGCUGAAGAGCCUCGCUUUUCGCAAUCUCCUCAACCACCCCCGAGUCUUACUUACGCGGACUCUGGGUUCUACGAGCCGGUCGAUGAAGAAGACAUGCUACCUCAACCUUCUCUGACCAUGCCAACUUCUGAGGGCGUUCCGAACGUGCAGCGCGGUGAAGAUGAAUCGAGCACGCCGCUCGCAGGUUCCGUGGGCAAACACGCCACAGCAAUGCCCACACUACCGCCGUUGUUCGAAAGGUCUGAUACAAGCAUACACCUUGGGAAGGAGCAAACAUGCCCGCUUGAGGAAGUGCAGCGCUGUGACUCUGAACCGCCAAUAAGACCGACAACGCCGGCACCAUCCGUUGUCGUCCACGAUGUGGAUGGACAAAAUGCUUAUGCGACAACGUUACUUGAAGCCCAGGACCUGCCGUCCGUUUCCGAGUCUCCCAAGAUCGAGGUUCCCGCAGAUGUCUCGGACGUGAUAGUCGAGAUACCGCCAUCCGUGGACUACGAUGCAAGCUUGAAGAGCCAGUCGGGUAAACUUCAAGAAGAGCCGAUGCAUGAUCCGCAAUCGAAGGGCGAUAGUUCACUUCCAACAUCGGCACCAGAGCGGCAGGCAGAUACGUCUGACGUUGACAAUAUUGCAUCCACAACCCAGGAGGGUUCCAAACCAAGUGGUCGCUCUGAUCUGACAGACCUCGCUCUUCUUGAAGUCGACAACAAUUCGUUGGUAGAACCAACCGCUGUGGCCCAAGAGGAUGGGCAGGCCGUAUCCCAGACAGAUGCGUCUACUUCAAGUUCUCAGUCCGCGACGUUCGAAGGCGCUCUAAGAUCUGGGGGUCCGGCUGCGCCUGAUGAAGUACGCAUGGACUCAGUUUCGGAUAGCGCAGCAACGGACCAAGGGCCUGGGUGA